AUGACGACGACAAUCCCGAGAAUACCAUCAUCAUCGUCGUCAUCGUUGGUAGCAGUAGCAACGACAACAACAACAAAAACUUUGUCUUUCGAGAAGAAGAAGAAGAAGAUUAAGAAGAGCAUCUUCAGAAGCAGUUUUAAUAAAAGGAGUUGUUGCAGUUGUUACGAAACACAUUCAUCAUCUUCUUCUUUGUCUGCUGCUUCGACAGCGCGAGAGAAGAAGAAUGAGGACGACAGAAAAAGAAACAACAACAAAACGAUUUCGAGACGAGAAGGCGUGCUGAAAACAGGCGCGAUUGUAAUGAUGUCAACGCAAGCACAAUUGGUAUUCUUGGAUGCGACGAACGACAAAAACAACAACAACUUCGCCGCUCGUGCACAAGAAGACAAAGAAGAAAAUAAUAAAAUGAAAGAAAACUACGACGCGUACUCGCGAACGUACGACGAUCUCGACGGGAAUAAAAGAGUCGUCGAAACGUUAGGGAUCGAUCAACUGAGGACGAAAAUGUUCGAACGUGUAAAAGGAGACGUGUUAGAGCUAGCCGUAGGGACUGGAUUGAACUUACCGUAUUAUAAACGAGUCAAGAGUUUAACCGCCAUCGAUUUAUCUCCGGGGAUGUUGGAGAAAGCCGAGGAGAAGUUCAGAGAGUUAGAAAAAAGAGAUAUAGAAGAUAAUAGCGACGAUAGAAAGAACACAAACGUAAAGUUUGAAAUUGCAAACGUGGAAUCGUUACCGUACGAGGACGAGACGUUCGAUUACGUCGUGGAUACGUUUUCCAUGUGCGUGUUUGAAAAACCAGACGCAGCUUUGCGAGAAGCCAAACGAGUAUUGAAGAAAGGAGGUAAACUACUCUUGUUCGAACACUCGAGAGCAAAAAAGAACGCGUUGUUAUCGACGUAUCAAUCUGCGACGAGUGGGAUGGUGAAGAAAAUGGCAAAAGGGUGCGAUUGGUCGCAAGACGUGGAGAGGUUGGUCGGAGAGGCUGGAUUUACCAAAGUAACGUGGGGACCAUUCGAAGAGGCUGGCGGGUUACUAGAAGCGUUGGAAGUUCAAAAAUAG